AUGGCGAACCGUCAGAUGGCCCGCGACAUGCAAGUCGAGUUCCAGGCUCGCUUCCAAGCCAAGCAGGCUCGCCGCGAGGCCCAAAAGGCAGCCAAGCAGGACCCCAUCCUGAAGAAGCAGAUCCAGGACCUGCUCAAGAAGGGCGAGACGCAGAAGGCUUACCAGAAGGCCAAGAUGCUGCUGUCGAAGCAGGCGCUUGCUCAGCAGAUGGAUCAGAUGGCUGAUAUGGCUGAGUUGUCUGCUGCGCAGAUUCAGGCCAACAAUUCGAUGAACCGCAUGACACAGAUGAUGGCCCAGUCAUCGCGAACCAUGAAUGUGGCCCAGAAGAACACCAACCCCGAAAAGACCCUCGUUACUCUCGAGCAGUUCAAGCAGCAAAACGAGGAAUACGCCAUGUCCAACGGCAUCUACCAAGACGCCAUCACCCAGUCCACCUCCACCCAAGUUGGCGAGGAUGCUGUCCACGAACUUCUCGGCAAACUUGCCGACGACGCUGGCCUUGAGCUCAGCAAGGAACUCAACCAGGCGACACCUUCGAACGCCGAACCCCAGCAGACCAACGAGCCCACUGCUGAGGAGGAAGAUAAGCUCCAGCAGAGGCUGCGAGCCCUGCGCGCAUAG